ACCGUUUCCAGGCCCUGUUGGGACGGACUGCUCAAAACAGCUUCUGCUACUCCCUCGCACGAGGCGACUGGUCCGCGGCUAGGGUUUCGCGUCCAGCCCCCGCCGCCGGCCGUCUUUCUUGUUUCUCUUUUGUGCAGCAAAGCAUGGAAAAGGAUAUGCCUCCGCCGCCGCAUAUGCCUCAGGAAAACCCCUUGCCGGCGUUCUCCGACGAUAUCACCACCACCUUCUCCGACGAGCAUCCGAGCCCCCUGUUGUCGCCUUCCUUCUCCCUCGACUCUGCUCCCGAAUCCGAUGCCUCCUCUUCCACCUUGGUGGUCUCGGACGUUUCCUCUGGCUCCGAACCUAUCGUGACCAGGAAAACUUGGCCUCGCGUGCGCAUGUGGCCGGCAGCUGAUGAGAUUGCGCUUCUCGAUGCCGCCGUGGCGCUCCGACAGAAGCACGGCCAGUUGCCGUCACCCAAUGACCUCGCCGCCGAGCUCCGCGGCCGCCUCCUGUCGGACGACCGCCUCGCCGCUGACCAGAUCGCCAAGCGACUGAUCGCGCUCCGCUCCCGGUACAUCAACGCCGCGUUCCAGCUCUCCCGUGGCAUCAUCCCAGUGAAGGACGAUGACCUUAGGAUCUACAAGCUCUCCAAGCUCAUCUGGGAUGGCACCCGCAAGGGGAAGAAGGAGAAGAAGGUCCGUGUGGUCGACACGCGGCAGGAUCCGAUGGUGUUUGGCGAGCUGGCCAGGCUGCACCCUUGCCUCGCCGCGGAGGUGGAAGCAAUCGAAGCGGGGUGCGCCGCCGCUGCCGGGAUGCUGAAGAGGGCGUUCGGGCGCAUCGGCGAUAACAAGGCGGCGCAGCUGGAGGCGAAGGUGAAGAGGCAGCGAGUGGCGGAGGCAAAGGCGAGCGCGGAGCUUGACAGCCUGAGGAGGACUGUCGCCAGCGCGCUACUGAAAUUGAAGUGAAUGCUCCCGGAUUAUCGUUUGGAGAAGCUGGAGCCUAUCUAUAUGGCUUCAGUUCCAAACAAUUGGAUCCUGAAGUAGAAAAGAUCCGGAGCCACAAAUGAACUAGAAGGGUGGAGCAGGGUACGGUUGCUGCCCACCUUUACAAAGCUGCCUAUGGUGUUACCGAAAGGACCUGCUUUUUCUCCCCUUGUAAUGUUGCCCUACAUCCUGAACGCUGCUGCCUGACUGGAUGCUAUUGCUACCUCAUGUCUGGACGCUGUCGUUCCUGUUGCUACCAGGCCCUCUUCAUUUUGCUGGGGUAAUGGCCCCACUGAAAUUUCUGAUCUUGACAGGUACUUAAGUGGUUGUUUGGCUGUGUGCUUAAUGGAUAUUAAAUUGUGCUGUGUCUGAAAAUACCGAAAUAGUUCUUAUCUGAAGUUAUUUGCUCAUUAUGAAAGGUGCUUUAUGAGGAUCCAGUUAUAGCAUUUGAUGGCAAAAUACAGACAUUGAAAACUUCAUCAGGGAAAAUUCUGAAGUACGGGUCACUUAUUGUUUCUACUGGCUGUGAAGCUUCAAGGUAUAUUAACAAUGGUUAUGUGAAUGAUGUGCUUCUAAAUGUUCGGAAAACCAGAUUUCUUCUAUCCGUACCACGAUGAAUAGUUUUAUUAAACUUUCUACUCUUAAGAUGUCAGACAAACUUCUAUGCUAACCCAGUGAAAGUUCUUGUUGGUUAUACACACAAAUUGGAUACACAAACUUGAUACAUUCCACAUGAUUACAAUGAAUCUUAACAUUGUGUUUUGCUGCUCUUAGUACCAAUUCCCCUUUUUCAGAUUACCUGAAAAAAUUGGAGGGAAAUUACCCGGAGUUCACUACAUACGUGAUGUUGCUGAUGCUGAUUCUCUAGUAUCUUCACUGGGGAGAGCAAAGAAGGUUGCUGUUAUUGGUGGGGGCUAUAUUGGCAUGGAGGUAGCUGCAGCAGCUUGUGGCUGGAAUCUUCACACAACUGCCGCUACAUUAUGCCAAGAUUAUUUACACCUUCCCUUGCUAAGAAGUAUGAGGAACUGUAUCAGCAAAGUGGUGUCAAGUUCAUAAAGGUGAUGUUGCAUCAAGUAUUAAAGUUCAUUUGUUAGUUUUGUUUUAAUCGGUUUGAGUGUGUAUAUUUAUUGGUAACCAGGGAGUUCUUAUCGACAAGCUUGAAGCUGGCUCUGAUGGAAGGGUGUCUUCUGCUGUACUUAAGGAUGGGUCUAUUGUCGAAGCUGAUACAGCAGUGAUCUUGCCGUGCACUUGACUUGGAGUCAUCCUCUUAAUAUCAUUGUUGACGUAGAUGAUGGAGACUAUCAACUUGUACUUUGAAAGAAGAGCUUGAAAGAAAUAGAGGAAGCCUUAUAAGGAUUUAGUCAAGCCGGAGGAAGGCAAGGCUCCGCAUCAUGCAGGGUAGAUUUUCCUUUAGCCUCGGCCGGCAACCUGGAGUUGUCGGGAGAAGGCGACCAGCCGGCCAAAGAAGUCGAGAGGGGAGUGUCGUGCAGCAGUGGCUGCACUUUGGAACUGUCCGCAGAUGAGGCGCCAGGGUAGAAUGGCACAUCGAAAGGAGAAAGAGGAGAGGAGCAUACCGGGGAGAGGGGCGGCGGGUGGAAGGUGGACGCCGAGCUCGGGGUGAGCGUCAGCGGAGAGGAGGGGGGAAGCGGUCUCCAUGUUUCAAACUAAACCUACAGACCCAGUGCAGAGAGUUCUAAUGAGAGAUAACCUGAUUUGUUACUAUAACAGAGUGGCUUACCGUCUGAAAUUAGAUUACGUUACAAAACAAUGAAACAAACACCGUCUUAAUUUCAAGCUGAAACAACUAAGGACUCUAGCUAGAUAGAUUGGUAGACUGCAGUUGGUAACUAUCGAGUUAUAAUUUAUUUUUCUGAAUUAGCCAAUUACUAAUGUGUUACUAUUUCUUAAUUAGCAACCAUAUUUUUUAGGUACAUCCUUAACUUAUUAAGAAAAUUGUUAGUUUUAUUCUAACUUGCAUGUGAUCUUGCUUUUACUAAC